AUGCGCUUCAACGUUAUCGGCCUCUCGGCCCUUCUGGCAAUGACUGCCUCCGCCCUCCCCGUCGCCGUUCCCGACGUUCACUACGUCGCGGAGACCGUCUGGGAGACGCACACUGUCUUUGAAACCGUCUACCAGACCGCCACUCCGAUCAGUGCGCCUACCAACCUCGUCGAGGCGGUCGCCAUUCCUUCCACCACCUCCUCUGUCAUUUCCUCGACCUGGACCCCCGUUGUCCCUAGCUCGACCAUCGUCCCGACUCUGAGCGUCCCCACCGUCGUGCCAACCACCACCAGCGCUCCGUCAAGCUUCUCCAGCGUCGCCUCCAGCACCACCAUCGCCCCAUCCAGCACCAGCAGCAGCGCCACCGCCACCGGCAGCGGUGUCUCCAUCGUCAACAACCUCCCGGACACCGUCUACCUGUGGGUCGUGACCGAGACCGCAGGUGAAAUGAAGACCCUCGCAUCCGGCGAGUCCUUCCACGACACCUGGCUCACCAACACCAACGGCGGCGGUAUCUCCAUCAAGAUGUCCACCACCGAGGUCUGCGACGACGUUCUCCAGUUCGAGUACACCCAGUCCGGUGAUGUCCUCUUCUGGGAUAUGUCUUCCAUCAAUCUGCUCAAGACCUCUGCCUUCGUCUCCGCCGGAUUCGCCGUCACUAUCAGCGACGAGUCCUGCCCCACCUCCACCUGUGCUCCUGGCGAUGCCGACUGUGUCCAGUCCUACCAGCAUCCCGAUGAUGUCAACACCUUGGCUUGCGGUCUCGAUGCCGCUUACACUCUCACUCUCGGUUAG